CCCCGGAGCGCUUUGUCGCGCGCUACAUUAUUUUCCCCAUCACCCAACAAAGUAAACAAUAAGUAUAUUAAACAAUGGGAAGGUAUUCAAUCAAACUGGAUAAAACGGAUUCUUUUUAGGAACAACACACAUUCAACGUUACAGCUUCGAGAGGUUCAGUACAAUAUUGAACAAAACCAGUGAGCAAAAUGCCUCUUGCUAAGUCAAAACCCAUUGCUUCAUUUCUUGCAAAAAACGAAGAAAUCCAUUGAAUACCAUUACCGCAUGUAGCAUGUUUAACUCUACCGAAUGCGACAGUCCAUUCAUGCCCAACAAACAGGUGAAGUUGGCCAAGUUACAAACAAUCGAAGAAAAGAAAGACAACAUCAUGCCAUUGAGAAGAUCACUGUCUGUAAAAACAUUUAAGUUUCUCCCGUCGACAAGUAAGGUCAGCAUGAUGAAACGACAGCAUACUACACUGCAAAAAGUUCUCAACGACGUUGAUUCAAAAUUUGCAUUUCGACAAUUUCUAGCUGGUGAAUUCAGCGAAGAAAACUUGGAUUUUUGGUGUCAAUGUGAAAGAUUUAAAAAAGAGAAAUCAAGUAAACAACGCAAAAGAGCUCCGAAGAUCUUUAACACUUUUAUCGCCGAUAACGCACCUAGAGAGAUUAACAUCGAUUCCAUGACUAAAAUCGCCACAAAAAAGAACAUACAAACUCCAAACGCACAGACAUUUGAUCUAGCACAACAAAAAAUAUUUAAAUUGAUGGAAAAAGACUCGUUUCCACGUUUCUUGUCUUCGAAAUACUUGUCAACACCAAGUCUCACAUCAAAAAAAAUGUUGUCGUCAACAAGUUCAUCACUUCUUAUUGAUGGUCAAAGUGUACGUGAAAUGAGCGAACUUCCAAAGUUAAUAAAGAAACUUCGUCGUCAAUCUUCAAUUUAAACACAUAUUUUUAUUUCAUCACGCAAAUAGUAUAAUAUUCAAAUCAUAUAUUCUGUUACGUCUCAGUUUCCGUUUUAUUUGCACUUAUCAUAGCUUUAUGUUUCAAAUAAAUAUAUUUGUUUCAU